GCGAUGAUAAUACUUUUAUGGACUUUCCAGGAAGACUUCAACAUCUUUUGACAAGUUCAAAGCCGGGUUUAGAUACAGAAUCAAUAGUAUAUCCUCAGUAUGAAACAAGAGGAGAUCUGAAUAAAGCGGUAGAUUUAUUUUGUACAUGGUUAGAACUAAAGGUUAAGGAAUGUGAAGAAAAGAUCAAUUCACUUGAUAAAAAGAGUAAUGUGUGGAUUUGUUUAAUUGGACAUUCAAUGGGUGGCAUAUUAGCCGCAGAAACAAUUCUCAAGUAUGCAUCCCAGAAAGAUCCAAUCCCGCCAAAAAUUAUUGGUUUGUUUGCUUUUGAUACACCAUAUUAUGGCGUACACGAGAGAGUUUUUUCAAAAGCAACACUGGAACGCGUAAGUAGCGUAGCACAACAAGUUAGCAGCACGUAUUCUUUAUUGAGUACGGUUGCGACGGCAGCGGGGGUUAUGACGAAUGCUGCAACUAAGAAAACACCUGCCACAACUGCUACUGCUACUAAAUCAAGUUCAUAUCUUGGAUUAGGUACAUGGGGAUUGGCAGCGUUAGCUGGUGCUGCACUUGUCGGUGGUGCUGUAUAUAUGCAAAAAGAUAAUGUUAGUAAGGGUGUAGAAUGGUUAGGAAGUCACUUGGAGUUUGUAGGUAUUUUGUGGAAACCAGAAGAACUAAAACAAAGGCUAGAAAAUUUAAUAAAAAUACCAGAUCUCACUUUUCAUUGCUUUUAUACGCAGAUCCCACCCAAUGAGACUUUUUAUUCACCACGCACAUUUAUAGUUCUUCCUCCACCUGAAAUGUUAUCUUAUUUUUCAUCUACUAUAUGUGUUUCAAAAGACGAAAUUGAAGCACAUUGUUACAUGUUUGAUCCGGAACAGAAUCACUAUUAUUUCGAUCUUGGGCAUGUUUGUGCUAAACGAAUAAUUAAUAUGGUAGAUAAAUGGGAAGAAAAAAGCAAAUAA